CUGCAUUAUAUCGGUAUGACAGAUUUCCUAACCAAAAAAAUUCAGAUGGCCUCGGCUGCGAUGUCACCAACUGACGAUGAUGAGCUUACGCUUCCUCGUGCAUCAAUUAACAAAAUAAUCAAGGAAAUCUUGCCUCAUGUGCGAGUUGCAAACGAAUCUAGAGAACUCAUCUUGAACUGCUGUACGGAAUUCAUUCAUUUGCUUUCUUCUGAAGCGAAUGAAAUUUGUAAUCAACCAAAAAAAACUAUAAACGCAGAACAUGUUCUGCAAGCACUUGAGAAAUUAGGCUUUGGUGAUUACAAUGCAGAAGCAGAAGCUGUAUUACGAGACUGCAAAGCUGUUGCGGCUAAAAGAAGACGUCAAAGUACUAGAUUAGAGAAUUUAGGAAUUCCAGAAGAGGAAUUAUUACGACAACAGCAGGAGUUAUUUGCUAAAGCAAGAGAGGAACAAGCCGUUGCAGAACAGCAACAGUGGCAACAAUUACAAGCUGUUACACAAAUGGCAUCUAUGCAGCAAGCAGAUAGUGAACAGGAAGAUUAUUCAUAAAAAUAUUUAAAUGAUAAAGCUUAUUCAUAAGGAUAAUUUCGGUUUUUUAUUUGAAAAGAUUUAUAUUUAUAACAAAACAAGAAUAGAGAAAUUGAUGGAAGUAAUAACAUAAGUAAAAAGUUUUAGGAACUGCUAA